GCGCGAAGGUUUCGAAGAAGCACUAUUAUCAUGUAUCAUCGUGUACUACCUUGCGUUCACUUGCUCCACCUUGAAGAGGUGUAUGAAAUAAUAGGAUAAAGGUAGAGAAAGAGAAAGGCAAGUGGAAGUUAAGUUGAGUUGAGUUAAGUUGGGUUGAAUUGAGAGUUUAGUGGAGUGGAGCCAGGAGUGUUAGUGGGCAUAAGCCUGGUCCAUUAAACAAAACAUGGACGCCGUAGAAAUAAGUACGUCGGAUCCACCGCAAAGUGAACAAGAAAUUGUGUCUACCGUGGAGAUAUGUCGUAUAUGUCUUCUUGGUAAUCUGGUGAUGCGAGAUCUUUUUCUGGGAAAUGAGGUCGCCUCUUUAUCGGCUAAAGCGAUGAGUUUCGCGAACGUUAAGAUGUUGCCAGGAGAUGGCUUACCUCCUCGCGUUUGUAACGAAUGUGCAGAUAAACUUGAAUCUGCAUAUGAAUUUAAACUUCAAGUCGAACAAGCUGACAAUGUAUUAAGAGAAAGAUUCGAUGGUAUUAAAGAAGAAUUAUUUUUUAACGAAGUUGAAGUACAUUUGGAGGUAGAUAGAAAUGAAGCUAUCAAUGAUAUUCAUUUAGAAUCUCAUUACCAACAUGCCGCUGAAGUAUUGACAGAGGGAUCAGAAAAUGAAAAAUCUCUCUUGAAAGAGCAAUUGGCAUUGUUACAAGUUGAAAAAUUGGUAGAAAGAGAACAAUUAAGAGAAGAAGAAAAUAAUUCACAAAUAUUGGAGCAACAAGGUAUAAUGAACAACUCUCAUAAUCAAGAAAAAUACACAAAUCAAAUAGAUGAAGAUGCUUGUACGUUGGUGAAUAAUGCAGAAAAUCAAGAAGUAUUAAAAUCAGAUGGUAUUAAUGAAAACUGUACAGAUGCGAUUCCUGCAGAAGAACAUGAUUAUAUUAUGCAACAGGAUUAUGUUAUGAAUGAACAAUUUUCUUCUGAAGAAUCUAAACCAUCCAAAGAGAAUACAACGCAAUGCAAUGAACCGCUUACGGAAUCAAAUAUACUUGAAGAUUGUAAAAUAGAUACAGAACAUAUGCCGCUUACAAAUAUUGACACGCUUGUUGAAAAAGACCUAUCUCUGACUGAAAUUAGAAAAAGUAAACGAAAAUCAUCGCGACGAAAUUUUACAAGUGACAGAGAUUCCGACGAAGAAAAUUAUUUCGAAAAUUUAAAUCUUAGUUCUCGUCUUAAAAGAGCACAAGCCGAUAGAUCAGAAAAGAUUUACUUUAUGUGUUAUCUUUGCGACAAACAAUUUCUUUCUAAGAAUGUAUUGAAGGAACAUAUGCAUUCACAUGAGGAAAUUAGGCGAGCUUUGUCUCUUAAAAAGGUGCCUGAAAAAUCAUCAAAGGUAUCUAAUACUUCCCCAAAAAUGCCACCAUCUGGGAAAAGGGCUAACAAGUGUCCAUAUUGUGGGAAAGAAUAUUUAUACAUAAUUUCAUUCAGCAAACAUCUUAAACAACAUGAAAAAGAAAAAGAAAAUGCUAAAGAAGAUUCCAUGCCCCUUGAAAUAUCAUUUCACGAAGACGAACAUAGUUUAGGUUUUGAUAACCAUAGUAAUUCACAAUAUUCGGAUUAUGCAUGUAGAAAGACGGCGAGGCAAGAGGAAGCAUAUAAUGAGAACGAGGAGGAGAAAGAUGAUCACGAAACAGAAAAACAAAGAAAGAAAUCUCACUUGGAAACGUUUGAAUGUGAAAAAUGUUCUGAAAAAUUUUAUACAAGACGAAGUUUAAGAAAGCACGCACUUUCACACGUUAACUUAAAGUGUAAUGUCUGCAAUGAAAAGUUUGACGAGGUUGAGCAAUUAAAAAAUCAUCGUGCAAAACAUGUAGUAGAAGGUAUGUUAAUGGAUCAAGAUUUAGAAGAAGAUAUAGAACACCAUAUAAUUAACAAAGACGAUGAAGAACAAGAUAUUAAAGGCGAUAAUGAAGACGAUUCAGAAAUUGAGAAUAAUAUUGACGAUGUUCAAGAUAAAGAAAAGUGGGCAGAGACAAAAGAAUCCAAAUGUCCGCACUGUCCGUCAACGUGUUCUCACAAGAAAUCUUCGAGGCACAUUGAAACACACACGUCUUCAAAAUAUAGUUGUAAAGUAUGUUGUCAACAAUUUACAAGAAAAGAUCAUUUACGAAGGCAUACUGAACAGCAUGGAAGAAUAAAGACGUAUAAAUGUACGCAAUGCAAUAAAACAUUUGGAAACGAAUUGACUUUACGUAAUCAUCUGAUAGCGACCAAUCAUAAGACUUUCGUUCAUGGACAAGAAUAUGAUCCUAAUAAACGUAUAAAACGAGUGGCAGCUAAAGCUGCACAAAAGAUUAUUGAUAAAAUAAAAACGGAAGACGGUUUAGAGGAUUAUGACGAAGAUGAUGAUAAUAAUGAUAUAAUCGAUAUGGACGUUCGUCAUAAUCGUAAGCAAGAAAAUUCUUUUAAGAAAACUAAUAAUAGGAAGGAAUUAGAAUGCGCCACUUGCAAUAAAAAAUGUAAUUCGAAACAAACUCUGACAAAGCAUAUGGAGCAACAUGUAAAAGACGAAAAAGCAGAGAAAAUGGAUAGAUUGGACAAGUUUAAAAAGCCAGCAGAAAAAAAGGAACAACAAAGGAUAGGUGGUGGUAUGGAAUUAGGAAAGGACGAAGACGAUGACGAUGAUAAUUCAGAUUUUGAAAGUGGUUUGGAUUGGCCGAUGGAUAAUCACGAAUGUGCAACAUGUAAAAAAAGAUAUAGUACGAAAAAGUCUCUGUUGCGACAUCAAUUACUUCACGAGGAACCAAAUUUCGAAUGUGAUAUAUGUAAUGUCAAGUUUUAUCGUAAGGAUAAAUUAAAAGCUCAUUAUGAUAAAUGCUCAGAAAAAAAUCCUGAUCAAGUUAGGAAGUGCAAUAUUUGUGGUGAUAGUUUUGAAAAUAAUGAAAUGCUUCGACAACAUAGAGCUAAACAUGUAACUGAAGGAAUAUUAACAGAGGAAGAUUUAAGAGAUAUUGAACCACGUCCUGAAGAAAGAAAGCAGGGAGAGAAAAUUGUUAGAAAAAGAAGGACAGAUAUAGUAGGCCUUGAAUGUACAGAAUGUAACAAACAUUAUACAUCUAGGAAAGGUCUAUUACGUCAUAUACAAGUACACGAAGGUAAGAAAUAUUUAUGUGACAUAUGUCCAAAGAAAUUCUAUAGAAGAGAACAUUUAAAAAUUCAUGUAGCUAAGCAUAAUAUGAUUAAACCGUAUAAAUGUACAAGAUGCACAAAACGAUUUAUUAAAGAAGAACAGCUUACGAAUCACUUAUCGAAACACGAUAGGCCAUUUAAGAAAAACAAAGAAACUGAUAGUUCAAAAAGAUUUUUAUGUGAAAUCUGUUCUAAGAGUUUCACCCAAUCGACUACUUUAAUAGCACAUUUAAGAGCACACAAUGGUAUAAAGCCAUAUGUUUGUGAAGUAUGUUCUAGACCUUUUACAACAAAUGCAUAUCUAAAAAUGCAUAUGAGGACGCAUACACAAGAAAGACCAUAUAUAUGUCAGUAUUGUUCUAGAGCAUUUGCCCGAGCUGAUACUCUUGCUAAUCACUUGACGUCACAUACCGGUGAAGCUAAGUAUCAUUGCAAAUAUUGCCCAAAAAAUUUCCGUCGAUUAAAGUCAUUAAAAGAACAUGUUUUUAUUCAUACUGGUCAAAGGCCAUAUGCAUGUCCAACGUGUGAUCGGAGAUUUAAUAACAAUGGUAGCCGUUAUGCCCAUAGCAAACGAUGUAAACAAAACUUUUCGCAAAAUCAGAAUCGCACUCAAACCCUUACCGAAGUUCAAACGCAACAACCACCACAGAGAAUACAACAGACUCUAACUCAAGCACAGGUGGUUAAAGCACCAAACAUUAAGACCAUUACUAUUACUAGACAAGCUGAGCCAGUAACUACACAACAAAUAAUGCAACAUCAAGAAAUAUUAAUGCCACUUAUCUUACCACUCACUGUAACUCUCGCAGAUGUAGGUGAUGAAGUGAUAUUACCCGAGGGUACAAAAAUAUUUACAACGUCGUAAUAUGUCUAAAGAUUAUGCUAACAAAAGAUUUAAAUAAUGUCAUUGAAGAAAGGUAAAAAGAAAUUAAUGAUGUACGAUCUUGCUAGAAUGCAUUCUAAUUUUAUAGCACGAAUGAAAAAAGGAUUGAAAAUAUGAGCUCGAUGCUCUCCUCGUAUAAUAUUUCUCUUCUUUUCAUUCCUAUUAGGAAGAACAGUAAAAUAAUUUAACUAGUUCUGUCUUCUAGCAAAGCUGUUAAUCUCAAAACAAAGAAAAAGACUAUCUUGUAUACUGUAUACAUAGAGACAUGAAGUUUUCAUGUAUUAAAUAAGUAAGCCUUACAGGCCCAUUUUUAAUGCAUACUUGGUGCGGUGAUAUAUGAUUGUAAUUAUAAUUAUGUAUAAUACGUUAUACUAAAGUUUAUUUUUACAAGACGAAAGUGCAAAUUAUACAACUUGCAUAGUCGGCGAUUUAAGAGAAAUAUAACUGUAUUAAAAUAUUAUGUAUCACAGGGCUGAGUAUAUAUUACUUGAGAGAGAGAAAUAGAUUGUAAAAGCAUGACAUGAUUUUUAAUUGAAAAAGUGUCUAAGAAUUAAUAUAAAAAUUAAUUGUGCUAUCUGUUAUCAUAUAUAUUACAUAUGAAUUAUAUUUUUAAUUAAAAGACAUGCAUAGUAAAUUGUUAUUAAAUGGAUUUUCCUUUUAUCUGUUGUAUUUUCAUCUGCUUGAUGUUUUAUGUGAAUGACAAGUUAAUUCUAGUUUGAAAACAGGAUCACAGUUUCAUAUUUUCAUUUAUUAUAAAUGUAUCUCAUAUUUCUGUUAAAAUACAGAUAUUUAUUAUAAAAGUUACUUAAUGCAUAAAAAAAAAAAAAAAAAAUAAAGUUAUUUAACUUAAUAGAUAAUUCUUUAAAUGUUUAAUUCAUUAUAUGUGUUAUUUUAUGAAGAUGCGUCGACUUUUUCAUGUCGAAGUUAAAUAAUUGUUUAAAAUAAUCAUAUUGUUUUAUAUUGAUUAUAGAGUAAUUUCAUAAUAAUAAUAUUAAUAAUAAUAAUUUGUUACACACUGAAUUAAGUUAUACGUAUCAUUUUUUAUGUUCUAUAAAAGUCUGUACAUCAAACGUUAUUUCAUUUAAAUAUAUGAAAUUAAAAAAAAAAAGAAAAAAAAAAAGAGAAAAAAGAGAAAGACAGGAAAAAAAUUAUAAUUCCAUUAUUUUUCUUAAUUAUUAUCUUAACAGAAAGAGUAAAUUAAAUAUAAGAUAUCAGAAAAAAAAUUUCUCUCUAUAAAAGAUAUCAAAUUUGAUAAAGACAAUUAUUAUAAAAUUUGGUACAUGAUUAGUGCAUUUAUAAUACUGUUCAGCUUUACUUACAAAAAAAUAUAUGCAUUUAUAUAUAUACAUAUAUAUAUGUAUAUAUAUAUAUAUAUAAAAAAGGAAAAAAAAAUAGUAGAUACAUUUAAUAAACAAUACUCAGCCCUGUAUAUUACGUCCUUUCACUAUUGACGUCAGUUUAAUUAGAAACACAAACAAAUAGUACACGCUAAUGUAUUUAAUGAUAAUCCAGAAAUAUCUUUAUUAUACAAAUCGUCAUUUCUGUUUUAUUUGUACAUAAUGGUAAGUAUAUGUGAAUAAAGAGUUCGUAGCAUUCAAUGUA